UAACAUUUAUGUCGGUGUGGGUUCCCAUCGGUGGGAGCACAUCCACCUAAGGAGUUCCAAAAUCGGAGUGGGGCCCAAAAUGGUGGGCCCCAAUCCGAUUUCAAUUAAAAUAAGCUCAGCAGCUUCCCCUGAUGCUACCAUUGCUUUUUUUUUCAUCUCUAAAAAGUGGCCCGUAAGGUAGCAAAAAGUGGGUAAGUGUGUGAAGGUGUGUAUGGUCGAGCCUUUUUUAACCGGAAGUCAGGAUAUACACUUCCCGCGAAUUCAAAUACACACCGCGGGAAUCUGAAACCUUUGGCCAAUGAAAUUACUGCACUGUAUAAUUAGGCGCGAAAGUAAGGAAAACUGCGGAAAUUGCACAAGAAGAAGUAGAAGAAGAAGAAGAAGACUUCAAGGAUUGAAGAUUGAAGACAGAAGAAGACGGAGUGGUUGAAAAUCUGAAUAUUUUUACAAAUACCGACCUCUGAUGCAACAGGGCCAUUAUGUCCACAAGGAGGAUGAGGAAAAAGCCUAUAGAUGAUGCAAAGACAUACAUUCUGUCUUGCACUGACAAGGAUGGGUUUAUGCCAAGAUUCAUUGACCAUUACAAAGGAAGAGGAGUGUUUGCCACACACCCCAUUGAACCCGGGGACUUCGUGUUGGAGUACAGGGGUAAACUCCUCACACAGGUGGAAUGCAAGUCAAGAAAAUACUCAGAGAUUGAAAGCACAUUUCUCUUUGACUUUCAGUGGCAGAAUCAUCACUUAUGCCUGGAUGCAUCUGAAGAAGAUGGAUCUCUCGGAAGAUUGGUCAAUGACAACCACAAAAAUCCAAAUUGCGUUAUGAAAAAAAUCAUAGUUGACGACAAACCACAUUUGUGCCUUUUUUCUCUGAAGAAAAUAGAAAUAGGAGAUGAAAUUGAUUACAACUAUGGCGAUUCAAAAUGGCCUUGGCGCAGUAAGUUGAAAAAAAACCAAGCUCCAGCCGCAGCAUUAGAGAAUGAGACCAGCCCUGUUCCUCAGAUGCUAAAUGAUGGACCAAACCCAGAUCAGACCUGCACACAGGUGAAAGGCCUUCAGACUCCAGCCGCAGCAUUAGAGAAUGAGACUAGCCCUGUUCCUCAGAUGCUAAAUGAUGGACCAAACCCAGAUCAGACCUGCACACAGGUGAAAGGCCUUCAGACUCCAGCCGCAGCAUUAGAGAAUGAGACCAGCCCUGUUCCUCAGAUGCUAAAUGAUGGACCAAACCCAGAUCAGACCUGCACACAGGUGAAAGGCCUUCAGACUCCAGCCGCAGCAUUAGAGAAUGAGACUAGCCCUGUUCCUCAGAUGCUAAAUGAUGGACCAAACCCAGAUCAGACCUGCACACAGGUGAAAGGCCUUCAGACUCCAGCCGCAGCAUUAGAGAAUGAGACCAGCCCUGUUCCUCAGAUGCUAAAUGAUGGACCAAACCCAGAUCAGACCUGCACACAGGUGAAAGGCCUUCAGACUCCAGCCGCAGCAUUAGAGAAUGAGACUAGCCCUGUUCCUCAGAUGCUAAAUGAUGGACCAAACCCAGAUCAGACCUGCACACAGGUGAAAGGCCUUCAGACUCCAGCCGCAGCAUUAGAGAAUGAGACCAGCCCUGUUCCUCAGAUGCUAAAUGAUGGACCAAACCCAGAUCAGACCUGCACACAGGUAUUUACUGUCCAAGGAUUUUCACUGGUUGAUUAUCCAUAUAGUGAUGAAACUGAUGAGGAUGGUAUGGAAAACGAACCUCCCACCCCACACCUGGAUGUCAUUUUAGGGCAGAAUGAUAUUGGCCCAGAUGUUUCAAAUCAUUUGUACGAUUCAGAUGAAACUGUUGUGAAAGAAACUUGUGAUGAGGCUUCUCCAAGCAACCAUUCCAACAAUCAAUCGGAUGAUGAACUUGUUCCACCACUGAGACGCACAAAAAGCAUUAUGAUGGAUAGAGUACAAGAUUUUACCCACAGUCUCUAUGAUAGUGACAGCCCAGAGGAGACUACUUUUUUUAAGCCUGAAAGGGAUUCACAGAAGCUGAGAAGAAGGUCUUGCCGUCCCAUUCAGAUGAAUCUCAUGGAAUCGGAUGACUCAAACUUAGGUAGCGAAGAGGAGUAUAUUCCAAAUCCCAUAGAUGAAAGCACAGAAAGUGAUAGCAGUAUGGAAUUAACCCUGGGAAAGGAAAAAAAGAACAAAGGUGCAUCAUCCAGUCAGAGCAAGUUUAAGCCCAGAGAGAGAAGUAGAUCUUCCAGAGAGAGUGGAAGCGAGUCCUCCAGACAGAGCAAGUCUAAGCCCAGGGAAAGUGGAAGUAGAUCCUCCAGAGAGAGUGGAAGCGAGUCCUCCAGACAGAGCAAGUCUAAGCCCAGAGAGAGAAGUAGAUCUUCCAGAGAGAGUAGAAGCGAGUCCUCCAGACAGAGCAAGUCUAAGCCCAGGGAAAGUGGAAGUAGAUCCUCUAGUCAUAGCCAAUUUGACUUUAGCCAGAGAAGACUUUUGGAAAGAUGUCAUGAUCCCACACAAAGAUUUCCAAAUAGCAGAGUUGAUGGGAAUGAAAAGGAAAUCACAACAUAUUCUGAAAACAACGUUUCAGUGCCCCUGGAAGAAGAGCAGUAUAUCAUUGUCAGUCCAACUUUAAAGAAAGAUGAUGGAUCCAGAAGCUAUAACAAGAAACAUUUCUGCUUUUAUUGCAGGAAGUUUGUCCAGAAAAUGUCAAGACACUUGUGGCGUAAACACCAAGAUGAAUUGGAUGUUGCGAAAGCAUUCAGUUUUCCAAAAAACUCAAAGGAAAGAAAACUACAAUUGGACUACAUACGAAAUAAGGGAAAUUUCGAGCACAACAGUCAUGUUUUGGAAACACAAAAAGGAAAACUAAUCCCAUGUAAACAACCAGGAAAAAAAUCAGAGGGACAUAAAUUUGCACAUUGCAUUCACUGCUAUGGGCUGUUCUCAAGAAGAGCGAUGUGGCGGCAUUUCAAGGUCUGCAGCUUCAAACCCGAAAGUACUAAACCAGGUAAAAAUAGAGUUCAGGCAUUGUGUGCUUUCGCUGAACCUUCUCCAUCGGAAUAUACAGACGCGUAUUGGAAGUUCUUGAGUGUAAUGAUUCAGGACAAGAUUGCAGUUGCAAUUAAAGGAGACAACUGCAUCCUCAAUUAUGGUUUCAGGUUGUUCAAAAAGAAUGAGAAGAUAGUCAGUCAACACCAGUAUAUACGCCAAAAACUGAGAGAACUUGGCAGGCUUUUAUUGGAAGCUAAAAAAAUCACACAUGUGAAGACCAUUCAAGAACUCAUCAAACCUGAACAGUACUCCCAGGUUGUCAGAGCUGCAAAGAACCUAUCUGGAUUCAGUGAGGAAACUGGCAUAUACCAAUGUCCCUCUCUUGCACGCAAGGUAGGGCACAGCCUGCAUUCGUUGGCUAUGUUUAUCAAGUCCGAAGGACUGAAAAAGAAAGAUAAAGAAACCAUUAAAGAUGCUGAGGAGUUUGCACAGUUGUAUUUAGAGAGUUGGAGGUUUGAUAUUGCAGGCCAGGCAUUAACCCAGCUUAACCGGGCCAAAUGGAAUGCACCGCAACUUUUACCUCUUACACAAGAUAUCCAAAGGCUACAUUGCUAUCUAGAAGAAAAACUGCAGCAACAUCUCAAAGAUUUAAAAGAACAUCGUUCAUCCACAAAUUGGAAGGAACUUGCAAAAGUAACGCUGACUCAAGUUAUGCUUUUUAAUCGGCGGAGAGCAGGUGAAGUGUCCCGAAUGCGCCUGUCUGCAUACUUAUCGAAGGACACAUCAGAGGAACAGGGAGAUGUAAAUUUGGCCCUCACAGCGCUUGAGCAGAAGCUCUGCAGGCAUUUUGUGCGAAUAGCAAUUGUUGGAAAAAGAGGAAGGAAGGUUCCUGUUCUUCUAACCCCAUCAAUGAGAGAAUCACUUGAUGCUCUUACUGAGAGCAGAGAAGAAUGUGGGGUGCUGAAGGACAAUGAAUAUCUGUUUGCAUUGCCACAAUCUGACCAUUACCUCAGGGCUUGUGACUGCUUGAGGCAAUUUGUCAGUGAAUGUGCAGACAUAAAAAAUCCUCAAGCGCUAACAUCAAUUCAACUGAGGAAACAUAUUGCUACCCUGUCUACUGUUCUGAACCUUAAAACCACCGAGCUCGACCAGUUGGCAGACUUCCUUGGUCAUAAUAUCGCUGUUCACAGGAAACACUACAGGCUCCCAGAAAGCACCCUACAAUUAGCCAAAGUAAGUAAAGUCCUUCUGGCAAUGGAACAAGGACGCCUAGGAGAUUACAAAGGAAAGAGCCUCGAUGAAAUACAAGUCGAUGUAAAUGAGACCAUUGACAUGGAGGGACCUUUAGCAGAGGACAUUGAAGAUGUCAGUAUGCUAGGAGAAGAUGGGUCAGAUGAUGAGGUCAGCAUGUCAUCCACGCAAGAAUGUACCUCCACAUCACAAAGUCAAAACCAGGGAGUGUCUGCCACCGAUGUCAGUAUGCCAAGAGAAGAGGGGUCAGAAGAUGAGGUCAGCAUGUCAUCCCUGCAAGAAUGUUCCUCCACAUCACAAGUCCAAAACAGAAGUGUGUCUGCAAAAAAGAGAGGAAAACAAACGGCCGUCAAAAGAAGCUGGACCCCAGACGAGUGUGCUGCAGUGGACACACAUUUGAGGAGAUUUAUUGUAAUGAAUCAAGUUCCUGGUAAAGAAGAGUGUCAGCGCUGUAUUACUGCAGAACCUCAAGCUCUCAGAAACAGGGACUGGAAAGCAGUUAAAUAUUAUGUUAAAAAUCGCAUUACAGCCCUGAGAAGAAAAGUCUAGUGUACCUAAUGGAACUGAGGUAAAACCAAAACAUUAGAGGUAGGAUCUUAAAAUGUUUUGUAUUUGGUUGUGUUCUGUUGUAACCUUGUUGUUGUUGUAGGGGUUUGCUCAGGUUUUAUGGCUGUCCAGUGGCCUACAAAUAUACAGUUAUACAAUAUACAGUUCUUAUUUAAUUUAAUUUUUUAUUUGAUGGAUGUAGGAUGGAUGUUGGAUGGAAGUUCGAGAGCUGGGUGGAUGUAGGAUAGAUGAUGGAUGGAUG